UUCGAAGCUGCUCCAACCCAAUCAAAAGAGGAAAGAAAAUAGAAAAAUAAAAAUAAAAGGAAAAGCCAGAAAGGGAGAGGAAGACUAGCUUAAAGUCAGUGUGGAGGAGGUUAGAGAGACAGAAGACUGUACAUGCAGCUGAACCAGCACCGGUGCUGAUACUUGAACUUCGAUGGCCUUCUUCAACACCAGCAGCAACCGGCGGGGGAGUUCGUUAAACUCUUUGCUCCCGCUGUCGAGCCCUAAACCAAAGCUUCCCAGGAAGUCAAGGAGAAGAAGCUCUCUCCGAGAUCUCAUUUUCGCUAACUUCUUUACAAUCGGUCUCUCGAUCUCUCUUAUCUUCUUCAUAGCCGCCGUCCUUCGCUAUGGUAUCCCAAGACCCCUAUCUUCUCACUUUAAGCCCAGGAAUUAUCGUUUCCCCAAACCCAGAAAACCUGCUUAUCGGAAACCCGCUUUGCCCAACAUCCCAAGUGAAUUCGCUUCUGGCGCUAUUGUCGAUAUUACGACGAAGGAUCUGUACGAUAAGAUCCAAUUCUUGGAUAUCGAUGGAGGACCAUGGAAGCAAGGCUGGAGGGUCACUUACAAAGGAAAUGAGUGGGAUUCUGAGAAAUUGAAGGUUUUUGUGGUUCCUCAUUCUCAUAAUGAUCCCGGUUGGAAGAUGACUGUCGAGGAGUACUAUGAACUGCAGUCGCGCCGUAUAUUGGAUACUAUUGUUGACGCUCUUUCCAAGGAUGACCGCCGGAAAUUUAUAUGGGAAGAGAUGUCAUAUUUGGAGAGAUGGUGGAAGGAUGCCUCACAAGAGAAAAGGGAAGCAUUCAUCAAUUUAGUCAAGAAUGGACAGUUAGAAAUUGUUGGAGGUGGCUGGGUUAUGAACGAUGAGGCUAAUUCACAUUACUUUGCCAUCAUUGAGCAGAUGACAGAAGGCAAUAUGUGGUUAAAUGACACCAUUGGAGUUAUUCCCAAGAAUGCCUGGGCAAUAGAUCCAUUUGGUUACUCAGCUACCAUGGCAUAUUUGUUACGUCGUAUGGGUUUUGAGAACAUGCUUAUACAGAGGACUCACUAUGAGCUGAAGAAAGAACUUGCCCUGCACCAGAAUUUGGAGUAUAUAUGGCGACAGAGCUGGGAUGCUGAGGAAACAACUGAUAUAUUUGUUCAUAUGAUGCCCUUUUAUUCUUAUGAUAUCCCACACACUUGUGGGCCUGAGCCUGCUAUCUGUUGUCAGUUUGACUUUGCUCGAACACGUAGUUUUCUUUAUGAACUUUGCCCGUGGGGGAGCCAUCCUGUUGAAACUGACCAAAGCAAUGUUCAGGAGAGAGCACUGCUGUUAUUAGAUCAGUACAAGAAAAAAUCGACUUUAUACAGAACAAAUACACUUCUUGUUCCUCUUGGGGAUGAUUUUCGUUAUAUCAGCAUUGAUGAAGCGGAAGCUCAGUUCAGAAAUUACCAGAUGUUGUUUGAUUAUAUCAAUUCUAAUCCCAGCUUAAAUGCUGAAGCAAAAUUUGGCACUCUUGAAGAUUACUUCCAAACCCUUCGUGAGGAGGUAGAGAGAAUAAAUUAUUCCCGUCCUGGAGAGGUUGGUUCUGCCCAGAUUGGGGGGUUCCCCUCUCUGUCUGGUGAUUUCUUUACAUAUGCUGAUCGAGGAAAGGACUACUGGAGUGGCUACUAUGUCUCUAGGCCCUUCUUUAAAGCUGUUGAUCGAGUACUGGAACAGACUCUGCGUGCAUCAGAAAUGAUGAUGGCAUUAUUGCUAGGAUAUUGUCAGAGGUCACAGUGUGAAAAGUUCCCCACUAGCUUCUCCUACAAGUUGACAGCAGCAAGGAGGAAUCUAGCUCUUUUUCAGCAUCAUGAUGGUGUUACAGGUACUGCUAGAGAUCAUGUAGUUACAGACUAUGGAUCUCGCAUGCAUGCUUCUCUACAGGACCUGCAAGUUUUCAUGUCUAAAGCUGUUGAAGUACUACUAGGGAUCCGCCAUGAGAAAUCAGAUCAAAAUCCUUCCUUGUUUGAGUCAGAGCAGGUCCGAUCAAGAUAUGAUGCCCAGCCAGUCCAUAGGGCAAUCAGUGCUCCAGAAGGGAGUGCACAGUCGGUUGUCUUCUUUAAUCCACUGGAGCAAACAAGGAAUGAAAUUGUGAUGGUUAUUGUUGAUAGGCCGGAUGUAACUGUACUAGAUUCAAAUUAUUCGUGUGUGCAAAGCCAAGUCUCUCCAGAGUGGGAACACAACGAGGACAAGAUUUUUACUGGGAGGCAUCGAUUGCAUUGGCAAGCUUCUGUUCCUGCUAUGGGGUUGCAAACCUAUUAUAUUGCUAAUGGGUUUGUUGGAUGUGAAAAGGCUAAACCAGCCAAACUAAAAAUGUUCACUUAUUCUAAAAACUUACCUUGCCCUACUCCAUAUACUUGCACAAAACUAGAUGGUGACACAGCAGAAAUCCAGAACCGACAUCAGAUACUCACCUUUGAUGUCAAGCUUGGUUUGUUGCAGAAAAUUAGCUAUGCAGAUAGGUCCCAAACAGUAGUGGGAGAAGAAAUAGGUAUGUACUCAAGCUCGGGAGGGGCCUAUAUAUUCAGACCCAAUGGUGAGGCUCAACCUAUUUGUCAAGCUGGAGGACAGGUUGUGAUAUCAGAGGGCCACCUGAUGCAGGAAUUUUACUCUUAUCCAAAGACGACAUGGGACAAAGCUCCAAUCUCCCAUAGCACCCGUGUCUAUGAUGGAGAGAGCACUAUUCAGGAAUUUGUCAUAGAGAAGGAAUACCAUGUUGAGCUCCUUGGUUCGAACUUCAAUGACAAAGAACUGAUAGUUAGGUUCAGAACAGAUCUUGACAAUAAACGGGUUUUCUAUUCUGAUUUAAACGGUUUUCAGAUGAGCCGGAGAGAGACUUGUGAUAAAAUCCCUCUGCAGGGAAAUUACUACCCAAUGCCUUCUCUUGCCUUCAUGCAGGAUUCAAGUGGUCAACGGUUCUCUGUCCACACACGACAAUCUUUGGGUGUGGCAAGCCUUAAAAAUGGUUGGCUUGAGAUUAUGAUGGACCGCCGUUUAGUCACAGAUGAUGGGCGUGGUCUUGGACAAGGAGUGUUGGAUAACCAUCCAAUGAAUGUAAUCUUUCAUAUCCUCAGGGACUCCAAUAUCUCAUCUAUUUCAAACAAAAAUUCUACUUUCCUUCCAUUCAAUCCUUCCCUCCUCUCCCAUUGUGUUGGAGCCCACCUGAACUACCCAAUGCAGGCAUUCAUUGCUAAGAAACCACAGGAAGCAUCUGUCCAGAAGCCACCAAGAUCCUUCUCUCCUUUGGCAGCUCCCUUACCAUGUGAUGUGCACAUUGUGAGCUUUAAAGUACCACAGCCCUUAAAAUACUCCCAGCAUCACAUUGGGGACUCGAGAUUUGUUUUAACCUUACAGAGGCGGCAGUGGGAUUCUGCCUACUGUCGGAAGGGGAGAUCCCAGUGUUCAAAUAUAGCUGAAGAACCUGUUAAUCUGUUCUACAUGUUCAAGGAUCUUGCAGUCCUGAAUGCAAGGGCAACUUCCUUAAAUCUUUUACACGAUGAUACAGAAAUGCUUGGGUACGUUGAGCAGUUUGGAGAUGUUGCACAAGAUGGGCAUGUUCUCAUAUCUCCCAUGGAAAUACAAGCUUACAAACUAGAGUUGAGGCCCCAACAACAAUGAGGUGAUUGUCUCCUUUUUGCUGCUGAUUGCCACCAUUGGCGGAGUAACUUGCCGAUUGACUGAAAUGAGACCAUUUCCCAACCUCGUGCAAGAAAGGUUACACUAUUUCUUCCUUGUGCUGUACUAAGUUCAAUUGAAGAUCUCAGAGUUACCAGCUUUAUUCCCCCUUUCAUGGAUUGUCUGAAGAUGUAGGCUGCGAGUCUAUUGUAUAAAUAGUGAGGCCUUGCCCAGAAGAUUGGUAACAGACGAUUCUUAUGAAAUGCAUAAAUUUUUUUUGGGGACCUAGUAAGAAGACUUUGCUGCUGCAAAAGGUUUGGGACACAUCGGCAGUCGUACCUGCGGGAAAUGUAGUAGGAAAAUGACAACCUGUUUUUGCUAGUCCCUUCUUUUUCUUUGUUGAGCAUUUUGUUUGAUCCUGCGUACUUCAAACAGGAAGUCAUGGAAUAAUAUAUAUGCUGUAAUUAGUAGUGUUUUGUUACACAGAUAGAUAUGUGAUAUCAAUGCUUUUCCUGAAGCAUUUUAUUCCUGGAAA